CCGGGCUUAACGACCUGGAAAAAGGAGUAAAGCGUGAGAGAAGAAGAAAGCUACGCCCGCCCCACCGAAUCCAACAACCCAGAAGAACAAGCAGCGAUGCAGCAGGCCAUGUCCAUGCCCCCGGGGCCGGCCGGCGCCGUGCCCCCGCCGGCCAGCAUCACCACCGAGCAGAUCCAAAAGUAUUUGGAUGAAAACAAGCAACUUAUUUUGGCCAUCCUGGAGAAUCAGAACCUAGGAAAGUUGGCUGAAUGUGCUCAGUAUCAAGCUCAACUUCAAAAGAAUCUCUUGUAUCUUGCUGCCAUCGCUGAUGCCCAGCCACCACAGAACCCUGCAAGUCGCCCCCAGAUGGGGCAGCAGCCUGGUGCUAUGCCAGGUACUGGGCAUUACAUGUCGCAAGUACCAAUGUUCCCUCCAAGAACCCCUUUAACCCCACAGCAGAUGCAAGAGCAGCAGCACCAGCAGCUUCAGCAGCAGCAGGCACAAGCUCUUGCUUUCCCGGGCCAGAUGGUCAUGAGACCAGGCAUUGUCAAUGGCAUGCAGCCUAUGCAAGGUAACCCAGCCCGCGCCGGUGACCUCCAGCCAGCAGCACCUGGCCCAGCAGAUGGCCGAGGAAGCAAGCAGGACACAGCAGCGGCUGAGGCCAGCUCGGAACCUUCUGGCACCGAGAGCCACAAGAGCGGAGGAGCAGAUAAUGAGGUUGGCGGUGAUGUAGCAGAACAAUCCUAAGCUGUUAGUGUUAGGCUAAUAAUGAUGCCAUGAUGUAUACUAAGAAAGCAAGCCCCUCUGCUCCUGGAUGACAACAGAACUGCACUGCAGAAGACUCGUUUUAAUUGUCGUUUAGGACAAGCUUUAGAUUAAUGAUGUAAUCUGUUCGAGAAUGUUACGCUAAAUUGUUGUAACCCUUGUGGAAUAGUUUGGCAGCAUAUUGUUCCAGAUGA